GGUGUGAAGCCAGUUAUGGUUGCGCCUAGCCCUUCUCUAGGAAGCUCUGUUUUUGUUUUUCAAUUUUAGAUUUUCCUUUUAUAACUUUUUUUCUUUGAUUUUUCGUCUUCUUCGGUGUAAUUUGAUUUGGGUUUAGAUUUUGAUUUUAUCAGAGCCAUUUCAGAGGGUUAGGAGGUGUGGGUGUUAGCUCAGUUGUUAGCGUUCUCACCUGUGUUAUAUACCGCCAUUUCUCUCUCCAAUUCUCGUUCGAUCACAAUUCAAACAGCUUACCUUGAUUUUACUGAUCGCCGUCUUCCUGCUUACAGUUGGUUGUGGAUUUGUGAGGAUUUGCGGCUUUAGGGUUUUGAUUUCGUUAUUUGUUUUUUAGAAUACAGGUUUAAACGAAUAAAUAAAGAGGAAAUCUAUAGUUUAGGUUAGGUUUUAUAGGACUGUAGAGUAGUUGAAUUUUGUGAGAUAUGGAUAAGAAGAGAGUGGCUGUUCCCCUUGUGUGCCAUGGCCAUUCUCGACCGGUUGUGGAUCUGUUUUAUAGCCCUGUUACGCCGGAUGGAUUCUUCCUCAUCAGUGCCAGCAAGGAUUCCAACCCCAUGCUCAGAAAUGGAGAAACUGGCGACUGGAUUGGCACAUUUGAAGGUCAUAAAGGCGCAGUUUGGAGUUGUUGCCUGGAUACCAAUGCUUUACGUGCUGCUACUGGUUCUGCUGAUUUUUCUGCUAAAGUAUGGGAUGCAUUAACUGGAGAUGAACUACACUCAUUCGAGCACAAGCAUAUUGUUCGUGCCUGUGCUUUCUCGGAGGAUACAAACCUUUUAUUGACUGGUGGUCUGGAGAAGGUACUACGGAUAUAUGAUAUGAAUCGUCCAGAUGCACCUCCAAGAGAAGUGGAUAAAUCCCCUGGUUCCGUAAGAACUGUUACAUGGCUUCACAGUGAUCAGACAAUUUUAAGUUCUUGCACAGACAUGGGAGGUGUCAGGUUAUGGGACGUAAGAAGUGGCCAAAUAGUUCAAACACUUGAAACCAAAUCAUCGGUGACUAGUGCAGAAGUAAGUCAGGAUGGACGGUAUAUCACAACUGCUGAUGGAUCUACUGUUAAAUUUUGGGAUGCAAAUCACUUUGGCUUAGUCAAGAGCUACAACAUGCCUUGCACUGUAGAAUCUGCUUCACUGGAACCUAAGUAUGGGAUGAAGUUCAUUGCGGGUGGAGAGGAUAUGUGGAUCCAUGUAUUUGAUUUUCAUACCGGUGAUGAGAUAGCAUGUAAUAAGGGUCAUCACGGACCUGUUCAUUGCUUGCGCUUCGCACCCGGAGGGGAAUCCUAUGCCUCAGGAUCCGAGGACGGAACCAUUAGGAUAUGGCAGACAGGUCCUCUAACACAGGACGACUCGGAUGAAGCCCUGGUCAAUGGAUCUAUUGGAAAAGUAAAGGUAAGUGCAGAUGAGGUUUCACGCAAGAUCGAGGGAUUCAACAUUGCAGACGAGGGGAGGGCGAGAGAGAAGGAAGAGACGGGAAAUGAGUGACGCCAUAUCUCCAUUUGUCGAGAUGGGAAGCAGCCGAGCUUUUGAGCUUGAUCCAUCCUACACAGUUGGUGUUUUGUGAGAUAUGGACUUCGCUGAUUUUUGUAUACAGUUUUAGUCAAUUCUGCAGUAUAUGGUGGGGAGUGGACUGCUUGUCUCAAGUGAACGUGUUUUGUUUUUUUUUUUUUUUUGUUCUGUCAUUGUCGUAUGCACAUUAAAUGUUUCUAUUUUUAGAUUUUUAACCAUUGUCAUUGUAGCAAGAGGACCUUAUUGAAGAGCAAUUACGUGAAGAAAGCUGGUCAUGGUUCUCAGUCGGCCAAAGUUGGCAAUCCAACUUUGGGAAUUGGGAGCAGUUCAGUUCUAUUCCACCUUCUUGUAGUUAAGCUAAGUCCAAUAAGAUUGAAAUUUUCCAAGAUUUA